AUGAACAUAGAAAAUAAUAAUGUUUUCAACAACAAUAACAAUAACAACAACACCGGCGGCUUCAUGGAAAUGGUCUUUGAGAAAGAGCCAGAACCCGAUGAGAGAACGCAAGGAGUGACAGAAGCGGAUCAGCGACUGGCGCGGAGGCUCAUAGAAGCAGGUCGGGUGCCAAACAACAACCUACUCAUCCCAGAGACUGGAAAUACGGAGGAGACAGAAGUUCAGGGAAAUGCAGGAUACAACCCCGCCCCAGGGAUUGACGACGAGAUGGAAGUCCAAGGAAAUGCAGGACACAACUCAGAGAACCAGGAGCGCACGAAGAAAAUGACGAGAGCAGAAAAGUAUGUCCAAGGCAAUACCCUGAUACACAAUCAGAAUGGCCAAAGUGGGCGAGCAACCAGAUCCGGCGCAAAGACCGUCCUCAAGUGGUCAGCGCUGGACCAAAGACUGAGUAAGGCCUGCAGAAUUGCCGCUUGCACAGUCGAGGAGGUCCAGGGGAAUAAUUCGAUGCCGAGCCCUUAUGCGCCGACUGUCAGCUCGGUCGAAGGCGCUGAUCCCUCACUGUACCUCAAAGUCACUUGGCAGAGCAUCGCUCAUCUCUUCUCCUAUUACAUGGACGGAACCGAAGAAAAUGUGAAUAAAGUCAAGGGCCAAACCAACAGCGAGAAAGAGGAGAUCAAUGAAGAAGAUGAUGACAUGGAAGAGGACAUCGCAAAGGAGGAGGAGGGCAUCGCGGAGGAAGAUCUGGAGGAUCGCGAAGAGGAACUCGAAACCAAUCGCUCUACCAAAGACAAAAAUACCUCCAAUCGUAACGAAUGGCCGGUGAUGCCCAAAUUCACCAAGGGCAAAGUUGUCUACAUCCCUAUUGCUUUCUUGCAUGCAUUAGCUGCAAAGCAAAAUCCAUGGCCUGAGCUCACAAGCAUGAGAAACGCCCCCCGUGACGACUUGAAGAACGGACCUCUCAAUUUCAACGCAAAAAAUGUCAAGCUUUUUACUGCAGCGGAUAAAUCAGGAGUUAAUGCUUCCUUCACCCGAGUAAGCGGAUAUAAUCGUCUUUGGGUGGCUCUCCGCGACGGGUUAGGCCGUCUGAUCUUCUGCUUGCACGACAGCUCCUGGUCAUGGCACCACUACACAGAGGCCAACCGGCUCAAGAUUGCGUGGAGAUUUGCUCUAGGUGCCAUCACACCUCCCUCGGGGGCCGGUGGAGGCAAACCGCCGCGGUACCAAGUGGUGCCUGUGGGUGAGCUGAAGAUCAAGAUAACAGCUGAAGGCGAAGAGCGAUGGCGGCACCGCACUGGCGGGGCUCAGGCUUUGUUCACGACCUUUAUCGACGAAAUCAACAAGAAAAAGAAAACAAACGUGGAUGACGGAAAGGUAUCUCUUCACACUGAGGAUGGCAUCCCGACUGGCUACCGUCUGCUUUCAGAAGAUCCAUUUGGUCUUUACAGAACAUACAUCAGUGUCGAAGGCUAUAACUCCUAUAUGAACUUCCUGCUGCUCGGUGCUGUCACGCAAGACAAGGAGGUUGAAACAUAUAGAUCUCGUAGGAAGAUCAUCGACACUCGUGCUCUCCCCAAGAGAUUGGAGAAAACCCAAGAAGAAAAAGAAAGGAUUGAAAAGGAAAAUCAAGACCCGAAGGAUAAGAUAAGCCCGUUGGACAGGACGAGGAUCAACCAGAACUCGAUGAAGGCCAAGGAUAAGAUAUUGACAGUCGGUAUUUUACAGGCAGAUAUGGACGUCAUCCGGAGAAAUGGUAGGGACGCCAUCAAAAGAGGCGACACCCGGGCCAAAGUCGAAGAAAAGUCGUCCAGAGACAUCCAAACCUUGACCAUUAUAAAUGUGAAUGCCCGGAAAAUCGAACUGGCAAAAGGUCGACGCCAGUUCGAGACAAAAGAUCAAGGAGACGUCAUGGCCUCUAGCGCACCAGAUACAGCCAGAAAACUACUCGACUGGCAGUGGAUCGAUCCCAAAAGUCGGAUCAUCGGACGCGUCAGAACCACCAAACGGCAGACGGAUUACCAUCCAAACGAGAUGUUUAAUGGCCUUUACAUUGCCGAGUGGCUGCACCUAUCUGCAUACUCUUGGGGUGGUCUCGCCGAUGUUCAACCAGACGCCACGGUGGGUAAAGAAGGAAGCAGUCAGAUCCAUCCGAAUUUUGUCCUUGGUACCUCGGAGACCAACUCAGCCAUGACCAGAUGGGAAAAGGCUUGGCAAGACCUAAUAGAGCAUGAGGGCGAGCUACUCAACGCAGCUGGCGAAAAUGGCAGAGCGUACGGUGGUCAACUCACCAUCGUUCGCCACCCAUUCCGCAAAAUCUCCAAAAAAGAAUCCACGGCUAUAGUAUCCGAGUCCGAUGAAAACAAGGGAGCUUCCAGUACUGGGAUGCAGGGGUUAGACGUUGAACAACCUGGGCCCCAGAAUAACGGAAACGAACAGAAGCCCAAUUUGAAGAUACCUGCCAAGACGGGAACCAAGGUGUACGCAUCCUUCCUGCACGAUGUUGCGCAUGAACCUGCUGCGAACAAACCCGGGAUUAUUCAAUGGGCUCCCGAAAGCACGCAGCUGGAUAAAACCCUCCAGCGAGCGGCAAAGGAGUUCCGCUGGAUCUGCUACCAGUUCGACUACGACCUUCACAUCAAUGCUGUCAGCAAGAUCCUUCGCCGCCGGGACGGCUUCAAGGGCAGCACCCGGUUCUACCCGUUCCGAAGGAUGCUGUAUCACAAGAUUGAGCACGACCUGGACGCAAAAUUGUGGAAGGACAUGCUGAACGAAGCUCUUACGACAACCUGGACUUUAUAA